GUCGUUACCGUUGUCUUCUUCGUCAAGCGUCAUUGUGUUUGCUGCGUUGUGUCGUGGCAACAUCACAUUGUGCCGCUGCCAUUGCCUGUGCUGUGCUGUGCUGUGCUGCUACUCCUGCUGCCUUUGCAUUGUAUAUUGGGCUGUCAGCUCUCAACGUUGUCAGUGUCAAAAAGAUGUUUUAGUCGACAACUGAACGCUUCAACGGAAUCAUGUCGAAUAAUUUCAAUAGUGUUGCGCUGCCUGUUACCACUACUAACACUACGACAACAACAAAUAUAACUACUUUUUUCGCAACAUCUAAAAUUACUACUGCAGCAACAAUAACAACAACAAAAGACAGUUUCACUUCACUUGUAAGCGACAGCGCAUAUUCGACAGCUGCAAAAAUAAUACAAAUAUUAGCAACAAAAACAAGAACAGCAGCAGCAAUAAAGACAACAAAAACACUAGCAAUACUUAAAACAAAUGCAGCAGCAGCAAGCGCGUGCAAUAUUGUAAAUUUGCAUUAGCUGCUGCCACAAAAACAACAACAAGAAAGUGAAAACGUGUUAGCCCACACAUAUAUAUAUAUAUAUAUAUAUAAUAUAUAAGUGUGUAUGUGUAUUUGCUGCCUGCUAUUGCAGCUUUUCGUGCUAUGCUUUUGACUCGAACGCCUUGCGCCUUUAGUGUUGGCGGGAGUGUCGUCGCUGUUUGUUGGCAGCGUUAUCAUUAGUGUGACGGCAAGAACAUUUGCUAAACGCUGAAGACAUUGUGUGUCGGCGCUGACGUACGCAAUUGACAACAAAUCCAAGUUUAGUCAAUCAAAGGGUGCUCAAUGAAAUUUAAGACGCAGUCACAGUCGGACAUAUCAACGCAGCAGAUUAACGAUGGAAAUUAAGCAAAUCAAAACACAAAAACCGAAAAACUUUAAGCACAAAAGCUAAAUAAAUAAAUAGCGCUUAGCAACAAAAACAACAAGAGACUAUAAAUUACAGCAAAUAGCUGCUAAAUCACUAGACUAAGGCGCUAUGCCUAUAAAUUAAAACAACAACAACAAAAAACCAAUUGUAUAAAACAAAAAAAAAGAAGGCAGAAGAACAGAAUUAAAGCAAAAACAACAAGAAUAAAAUUACAAAUAAAAACAAAAACAAAAACAGUAAAAAUACAACUAAAAAGGAAAGCAAAAGCAAUAGAAAUUAAAAUAAAAAGGAGAGGAAAAAAGGCAAAAAAAAAAACAAAAACCACAACAAACAGCACAAUCACACAUUGCCAGAAGAGCUGUAGUACAGCAGCGCAGCCUUGCCACCCACUUGCAGACCAGGAAAUUGUUUACAUUGCCCUCAUUCAUAUUUGAGCGUUCACCCGUGUACGUAUGUGCGUGCGUAUAUUUGCUUGAGAUUGACACUUUUUGAUGACCGUCACUCUGCGAACAGCAACAGCAGCAGCAGCAGCACCAGCAAGAGCAGGAGUGCCGAAACGUCAGCCGGUGUGACCGACUGCGUGACCAGUAACACAGACACGCAAGUAGCAAUACCCAGCUGGCCGACACAAACACAUACAUAUGUAGAUGCAUGUGUGUGUUUUAUGGCAUGUGAGUGUAUGUGUAAGUUAGUGUAGGCCCAACCUACAAUACGCCGCAGCACAUUUAUUCACUUAUCCAGUGGAGCGUGCGUUAGCAGAACAACAACAACAACAAUAAAAACAUUUGCAACAACCACAGUAAAAGCAACCAAAUCAUUGCAAACACAUUCCUUUCCUUGUGCUUCACUUGACUACCCAACACUCCACACACAACGCUAGAUAGAGCGUCUCAGCUCUCCGCAGCACAUCACUAAAACCAGCCGCCUGACAUUUGAUUUAUUUGACAUGUGUGUUUUUGAUAGAGGCAUAACACGCUAGUGACACGUUCUCGUACAAAUUCAAAAGACACAAUAAGGCUGACAUACAAGCAUACACACCAACACACACACAUACAUAUAUAUAUAUAUAUAUGCUUAGCUACAUAUGUACAUGCCAUCCAUCUCUGCCCAACAGCGUCAAUAGCCACUUUUAUAUGGGUGUUUGUGUGUUCGUUGCCAGCGCUAGUGGAGCGUCUAGAAUUUGGAAAACUGACAGUAGCUACUAAAUAAAUCAGCGAAUGUCUUAAAACGGCAGCCGAACGCGCACAUAAAAGCAUUUACACUAUUUAUUUUUAAAAGCAAAUAUUUCUUGCAUCUUAUUUACAACAAAAACAAAAAAGUACCAACAACACCAACAACAAUUUUUGGAGCAAAUUAAUCGCGGUGGCCGUGGACGCUGAUAAAUCAGUUAUACAAAGUAUGCGACAAGUGGCAAAUGUUUAACACAACAAGAGUCUAGGAAGAGCCUCCCUCGUUUAUAAGGGGAAAUAUCAAAACGCCCGCACGCACGAGCUGAAAGCAAAAAGCAAUACAAAAACAAAACUCACAAAAAUCAGGUGAACGAGGUCGCAAAAAAGUAAUACUUGAAUAAUAAAAAUAAAUUUAAAAAAUUACAAUAAUAACAACAACAAUAACAAAAUUAAUUUAACAACAACAAAUAGGCCGCUAGCGAAAGCAAAUUCGCGUGCAUUGUUGUUGUUGUAUUAAAAAAAAAUAUUUUUAAAUAAAAAACCAUAAUAACAACAACAACAACAAAUAGACCGCUAACGAAAGCAAAUUCGCGUGCAUGGUUUUAUUAAAAAAAAUACAAAACAAAAUUAGAAAAAAACAACAAUAACUACAACAACAACAAAACUGAUAAAAACAAGCACAAAGCUAAUAAAACAACAACAACAAAUAGGCCGCUAACGAAAGCAAAAAUCGCGUGCAUUCUCUCCAAGUGGUUUUUGUAAAUGUUGUGUUUUUGCUUGUAAUUGUGCUUGCUCAGCGCAAUUAAAUACACUUUUGUCAAGUGUUUGGCUCGCACAUUUACUUCGAUUUCGCUUAAUCGAAAACCGGCAGCUAAGAAAUGAUGUUGCACGAAGCAGUUAUGCUGGAAAUUUAUAGGCAGGCGCUCACAGCAAGUGAGUUGACCAGCCCGCGUUGCCAAUCACGCGAAUCGAAUGUAUCUGCAGCGGCAAUGGAGGGACGUUGUCCUUCAAAUGGUUCGCAUUGCUCCGGCAACGAGCGCUCAACAACACCCGCAACAAGCUCACUACCCAGUACACCGCCCGCCGGUCUACCGCUGCAGGCCACACUAGCACCAGCAGCAGCAGCAGCAUUGCUGCCACCACAAUCCGCCGCCAUGGCUGCCUACUUCAAUGCAGCGGCAGCAGCAGCAGCACAACAAAAUCACUUACUGCUAACCAAUCCGCUAGCAGCCGCCGCGACGCUGGUGCAACAAGCAACACAAGCGCAUUCGCCAACAACAAAUCGACAGCCGACAACACCCACCUCGCCGCAAACCGAUGCAACCAACGAUGAGCCAGUAUUGGAUUUUAGCACCAAACGCCGACGGGUAUCCGAGCGUGAGAGUGACUCCGAGGAUGACAAUGAUGAGCGCCAUGCUGAUUACGGUGGCAUUCAGAUCGCUGAGACAGCAAUGGAUGUUAAUAGUCCGCUUGAUUUGACAGUUGGUGGACGCAAACGUGCCGCAACCGUUGAAGAGCCACCACACAUAGCAAUGCGUAAGAGCUUACGCACGGCGUUGCCACCGGCCGCCGCCAGCAACUGGGUGCCAACAAUCAAUCCAUAUUUAGCCGCAGUGGCCGCGGCCAGCUUAUCGCCGCCCAAAUCGCCACUCUCGCCGCUCGAAUGGAGCGGCAAACACAAACUAUUGCCAAAUGAAGCUACCAAAGCGUUAGAGAAAAUGACUGAAAUGACAAGACUUGGCUCGGCUACAGACAGUGCCGAGCUACCGCCGCAUCGCCAGCUCAGUGCCAACGGCAACAAUAGCAGCGCAAGCAAUGCUGGCAACGGUGGACGACAUAGUGCGUGGCAGUCGCAUUGGCUGAACAAGGGUGCAGAUGCCGUGCGCGAUGUCUUCAAGUGCGUCUGGUGUAAACAGAGCUUUCCCACGCUCGCCUCGCUGACGGUACACAUGAAGGAGACGCAACACUGUGGUGUCAAUAUGCCUGCCACGGCGUCGGCAACAACUACUGGUAUCCCCACCAAUGGCAAUCAGUCGGCACAAUCGACACAUCACUUACGUCACACAGCUAAUGCUGGCACAACAUCGGCUGCCACAACAACAGCAACAACAGCGCAUACAACGACGGCCGCCAAUAAAUCUGAUCUCAAUUUGUUAAUCAAAGAAACGAUGCCAUUGCCACGCAAACUGGUGCGUGGCCAAGAUGUUUGGCUGGGCAAAGGAGCCGAGCAAACGCGCGAGAUUCUCAAGUGUAUGUGGUGCGGACAGAGUUUUCGCUCGUUAGCCGAAAUGACAUCGCACAUGCAGGAGACGCAACACUACACGAACAUAAUAUCCCAAGAGCAGAUCAUUUCAUGGAAGUCGACGGAUGAUAAGAACUCGAAUGGCAGCAGCGCGACUUCGAAUGGUGGCGGCGGCGGUGGCACAACAACAACAUCCACAUCACCUGUCGUGACAACGCCACCAGCGUCUGUUGGCGGCCAAAAUACAACCGCCGCUAUGCUCCAGUCCAGUCCCAGCCACAACAACACUAACAACAGCGCAUCGGCUACUGUAAGUGCCGUGCUGACAUGCAAGGUGUGCGAUCAGGCAUUCGCCACGCUCAAGGAGCUCAGCAAUCACAUGAUGAAAAAUUCACACUACAAGGAGCAUAUAAUGCGUGCUAUGGGCGGUGUGGAACAUGCCGCAAUGACGCCGACCACGACUGCCGGUAAUACCAACGCUGGCCGUAGAGGUGGACGACAGCUGCGUGAAAAACGCAAAAAGUCAUUGCCAGUGCGUAAACUGCUGGAGCUGGAGCGUGCGCAACAGGAUUACAAGCUCAACAGUUUGGAUCCGGCAUUGAAGCCGUUACGUGACUUUGCCGCCACUACGAAAAUUACAUGCGAGAAAUGUGGUGAAAAGAUUGAGACAGCGCUAUUUGUCGAUCACAUACGGCAGUGUCUCGGCGGUAUGUUGCUGGUGCCAGCACGCAAUCCUAACAGCAUCAGCGACAGCUUGAAGUCUACCUUCAAUGCCAUGGAACAGCUGGCGAGUCCACAAACCCCCACUAGCCGCAGUGAUGGACGCAAAACCGCCGAUAGCAAUAUGUCACAUGCCUCAGCCACGCGUCCCGAAAUACUAUGUCCGCUACCGAAGGAGGGUGAAAAGACAAGCACAUCUUCCACACCUUCAGUGCUCAAUGCCAUCGAGCAGCUGAUCGAGAAAAGUUUCGACACACGUCCACGUAAUAGCAGCAACUACACCGGCAGCGGUAAUGGCAGUCAACGCAGCACACCCUUGGGUUCGAGUAUUUUGAAGCGACUGGGUAUUGACGAUAGCGUGGACUACACGAAACCACUGCUAGAUCCGCAGACUAUGCAUUUUAUGCGUUCCUACUCCAACUACUCGGCGCGCGAUCGCAGCGCUAGCGAAUCCAGUUCGAUCUCCGAACGUUGUAGCAGUCGUAUCGAGUCUUUUACACCCGAACGUAAUACCACGCAAGUAACACCACGUCAAACUCCCGAGAAGUUGGUGGCAACAAUGGAGCUGAAAGCUGAUACUGUUACUAUGGAAGACGCAGCCGCCGUUACAAUGCACACAGAGUUGUUGAAUAUUAAAUCGGAGCCCACAGAGAACGCAGAAACCAUCAAUGAGUCACAAGAACGGCCAGCGAGCGAGCAGAAGGACGCUAUGAAUUUAUCAGCCACAUCUCCGCAAAAGAUUUCCGUUAAGAAGGAGUUCAAUAUGAUCGAUCAGCAAGAAGAUGAGCGUCAAUCGAGUGAUGCGCUACACUACAAGCCGCAAGCGCGCACACCCUGCUCGCGCGCUACCAGUCCAAGUGCCAGCGAACGCUCCAUCACGCCCAAGUCCACAACAUCGUCGGCAGAUAAGCGCUUCGGAACUGUGGGUAGCAGCCUCACAGCGCUUUCUUCUAUGUUUGAUAGCUUAAAUAAUAUGAGCAGCAGCGUGAUUAGCGCACAAGCACAUACUAACGUAGAGAGCCUCGCUGGCGCAGAAACUAAUAAUAACAACAAUAAUAACAAUGUGAAUAAGAAGUCGAAUGCCAAUCCGCUCGCUGCGCUGCAAAAACUCUGCGAAACCACUGAGAAGCCAUCAAUGAAGACGCGCAGCGCCACGACCAAUGGCAUCAGUCAUAAUUCGCAGCUAACCGGCAAUAUGAUGGCUUUCAGUUGGGCCUGCAAUGAUGCGGUGCAGAAUACGACCACCGAGUCCAUGAUCAAGUGUGCGCAAUGUGAUGCCGUUUUUAGCUCAAAGGGCGCCUAUCGUCAUCACUUCUCCAAAGUACAUUACAGCAAGGAGGAUGGUGAGUUAAAUGCUUUGGCUAAUGCCAUCAAAUCACCAUCAUCGCUGGCUUGCUCACCGAAAUCGGCUGGUGUUUCGCCGAAGAGCUCGUCGAAGAGUCCAGUGGGCGCGGGUAGCAUGAGCGCGCCCAUAAUUAAUCCAUACGGUGAGAGUUCACAAUCAAAGUUCCUCAAAUAUACCGAAUUGGCAAAGCAAUUGUCAUCGAAGAAUGCAUAAUGUGACACUUCGCGGCGCUAAGAAGUUUAUACAUACGAGUUUGUUCGGUAAGUUAUCAUAAUAUAUAAGCGAAUUAAAAGGGGUUAAUGAUUUUAAAAUAAUUUUUUGGCAAUCUUAGAGUAUUAUCGAUAACCUAUAACUUGUAAAUAUGUAUACAAAUAUUAUAACAAAAAUUUAUGCGAAAAAGUUAAAAUAUAACAUUAUAAUUACUAGUAUAUGUAAAGCAUUACUUGGCGCUCAACGACUUCACUCCAAUCAUAUAUUUUCACAUAAAAAAAAAUUGAGCAUAUUAAUUGCGAUUAUCAAUUUAAUAAAAAAAAGGUUAAAGAUGCAAUUUUUUUUUUGUUUACAAGUAAGCAUUAACUUACUGAAAUAAGUUAUAAAACAUCAUGAUUUACAAAAAAAAAAAUUUGUAAAGUGAUUGAUUGGUUAAUAAUUAACAACAUAUCUGCUUUCGAUUUAAUUUUUUACCCUAAAAAAAUUUCAAAAUGGUCUUUUAGUCCUUUUUGUACUACGUCAGUUACAUUCGGAUUAGGCAUAAAAUUUAGAACAAGACUUGAACUUCAGCUGCAUCUUGAGCACUAUUAUUAUUUUAUAACGGUAGUUAUAUUUACACGAAGCGUAAAUAAAGUUAGAUAUUAUCAUCAUAUCGAGUUCAUCCUCAACCUAAUCUCAGUUAAUAAUAUUUCAUACUCGCUGAAUAAACUUUAUUCAUUCCUUAAACCUUAAAGUUUUAUGCACCCUAACCUCAAAUAGUGCUAUCUUUUACCAGUUGAGCAAAUAUUUUUCAUUUCAACCUAAAAUUUUUUAACUAAAAGUAUUAUAAAGAAGUACUUGUUU